UGUAGUUGCUUUGAAAAAUAUGUCACAAUCGUAGUACAAAUUGUAAAAAAAUCGGUAUAUCAACAGAAUUGUUUGACAAUUGGCUUGUUCGUGGGCUCAACACAAUAAAUAGACCAGUAGUGCUUGCACCCUUAGACAACAGGUCUAAAUUUGUAGUGUCUAUUCUUGGAUUUCCCUGAUGCCAGCCACUGAAGAUAUUCUGAAUUCGAAAAUGAUCUUUCCGCUGACCGAACCGCAGUGGUCCGCCUGGUGCUCCGCAUUUUACGAAUCUCCGCAAAAUCGUCUGGCCCAGAAUGUCUGUACCGCUAGAGAUCCCAUUAAUGUGUGCCUGCGAUCCGAAGUGGACUUGUGUUCCAUAGUGUCCGGCGACAAGACAUGGCAUGAGGUGGAUACGCAGGGAAAGGGAACCACUGGAGGUCCUGGAUGGAUUUGCACGGGUCUGGAUUUGCUGCGUCAGGAAAUGGAUAGAAAGUUGCCACUUCCGGCGGACUUUGAACUCUCCGCAGCGCAUUUGUUUUUCUGGCACAAACUGGAGAGAAGCAACUACUUUUUAUGGACAACUGCUGAUUUGCUGAUGCAAUGCGAACCGCUGGAUGGUCGUUGCUUUCGGCACUUCAUGAAAAAUGCGGUUCCAGAUGGCGGCAAUUGGCAGAUGUUCGUUAAUCUGGUGAAGAAAUACGGUGUGAUGCCCAAGAAAUGUUACCUGUCCAACCAGCGAAGUCGUCGAAUGAACAUUAUGUUGAGAAGUAAGCUCCGUGAGUAUGCUAGCAUGCUGCAUGCCCAGUUCACAUUUGAUGGCAAUGGCCACCGCCUGCCGGAGCUGAUUCAAGAAAUGAUUCCGAAUCUCUUCAACAUGGUGAGCAUCUGCCUAGGCGAACCUCCCGAGGUUUUUAAUUGGACAUUCUACGACCAUAAGAAGCGCUACCAGUGCCUGAAUGACUUGACAGCAGUGCAUUUCUACGAGGUGAUGGUGGCAUGUAGCGUCGAUUUGGACGCCUUCGUUUGCCUAGGUCAUGAUCCUCGAAUGUCCUCAAUUUCCCAGGGGAACUACCAGGUCACGCACAGCUCUAAUAUGAAAGGCGGUGAGCCGCAUAGGUAUAACAACCAAUCUAUGGAGGUCAUAGUGCAGGUAAUAGUAGACUCUCUGGCCGGCAAUAAACCCGUUUGGCUAGGCUGUGACCUGCGCAGCAUAUUUAGUACCAAGACUGGUCCAUUAAGUCUACAAUCGCAUAGAUUUGAUUUGAUGUUUGGCUUUAAAGUGGGUGACUCCCUUAGCAAAGCAGAGAGACUACUCUACAAGGAGUCCCGAAGGGAUGCUGCCGUACUCCUCACCUCUGUUGCGUUGGACUCUAAAAAAGAGCCCAUAGAAUUCCGCUCAAUCAGUGCUUCUGUUAAUGGCAAAAGCGAAUCCACCACGACCCUUAAUGAAGCUGAUGAGGCCGAGAAAAAUAUGGAAAAUGAUAAGGAGGAGGAACUCAAGAAGAAGUCGGCAAAAAACCAGGCCAUCACCAUGGACGCAGACUGGCUGAAAGAGUACGGCUUCGAAGUUGUGGUCCAUGAGAAAUUUGUGCCUCCGGGAGUUUUACAUGCCAGUAGAAUACCAAAAACCACUGAGCUGCCCGCUUGGGAUCCCAUGGGAGCGUUACUUAAUUAAUAAUUCAAGAUUUAAUCUAACUCCUUAGAUUCGCAGACUUAAAGGCAACAUUAACUUUAGUUUCAAGUACACUUAUCUUACUAUUUCUCAGUUAAAAACUUUUAUA